AAUCCAAUCUACUCCCUCCCCUGCCCCAAUCAACCCCACUGUCGGCGAGUAUUUUAGUACUAAAAUUAUGAGAGCCUCCAUUAUACAAAUCUUAAAAGCAAGCUGGUUCCUCUGUACUUUGCCUUUCCCAUUUAUGCAGAGCACAUCUCUCAUCCCUCCUCUGAUCGCAUUCCUCCUUCCACACACCUUCCCCUCCAAUCCCCAUUCCUUCCCAGUUCCCCCUCUUGUUUUUUUUUUUAAUAUAUAUAUAUAUAUAUAUAUAUAUUUAUAUAUACGCUCCUCAAACCCCUUCACUCUUCAUCUUCCACUGCAAAUUUCACUCUUCUCUGUUUUCCCCUGUUUCUCUAGCUUCAACAGGGAGCUCCGUGAUCGACAUCUAUUGCAAUUCACCUGGAAGCCUCGUGUUUAAUCUCCUCGAGUUCGAACACUAUACACGCUUCAUCUUCUACUGCCCGAUUACUUAACCUCCUCCUCCAUCUCUCCGCCAUCUUUCCCUGUUUCUCUUGUUUUUUUUUUAAAACUGGAAAUUAUGGGCUCUGCUUCUCUUGCGAUUUCACCGAGAAAGCUUCGAUCUGACGUUUACUCCUACUCGUACCAAGAAGACUCCAACAUCCCGUUGGUGAUCUCAGUUCUCGCUUCCCUCAUUGAGAGGACUAUGGCUAGGAACAAAAGGAUCGCCAAGAAUUGCGCAUGGGCUCUGUCAAAAGACUCCAGGACUCGCGUUUUUGAUUGCCACGAGGCGCCGGAUUUGACAAUUCAAUCGUACCUGGAGAGGAUUUUCCGGUACACCAGAGCCGGGCCGUCGGUGUACGUUGUUGCCUACGUGUAUAUUGAUCGGUUCUGCCAGCUUUAUCCGGGGUUUCGGAUCAAUGCCGGCAAUGUGCAUAGGCUGCUCAUUACGACCAUCAUGGUGGCUUCUAAGUAUGUUGAGGACAUGAAUUAUAGGAAUUCAUACUUUGCAAGAGUUGGGGGAUUGACAACGGAAGAAAUGAACAGAUUGGAAUUUGAAUAUCUGUUCCUGAUGGGAUUCAAGUUGCAUGUGAAUGUGAGUGUGUUUGAGAGCUACUGUUGUCAUCUGGAAAGGGAAGUGAGCAUCGGAGGAGGGUAUCACAUAGAGAGGACUUUGCGCUGCGCUGAAGAAAUCAAAUCAAAACAGAGAGAUCAAGAGGGAAGGUUUAAUCAGACUGCCCGAAUUAUGUUGUAGGGACAUCAUCUGCGGAAACAAUGUAGGACAAUUCUGUGUACAGAGGGAUGUAUGUGUGUUGUGAAGUGUAUAGGGUUUGGUCCGAGUGGACAUCUCGACCGUUAAAAGUUUAAGAUUUAGGUAUGGGAGUUUUCUGGUUUUUACCUCAGAAAAAGUGGAAAGGAAUAUGAAAUAGCAGAUUAAUUGUAUAGCUUGGGCCUAAUGUGAAAUCUGGAGACUAAAAAGAGAAGAGGUGUAUAGGUCAACACCCAAAUCCAAUGAAUGAUGUACAAAUAACUAUGUUUCUUUUCACAUUUCAAUUAGUAGAGUGCAAGUUGGUGCGACUUUUGUGAAA